AUGGAUGAGCUCAGCUCAGUUGCGGAAAUUAAUGAUCCUGACCUUAUAUGUAUUUCUGAGACCUGGCUAGAUCUCAGCAUAUACGAUGGAGUUAUAUCUAUUGGAUCUAACUAUACUCCGUACCGAAAAGAUAGAGGAACACCUGGCGGCGGUUUAAUUACUUAUGUUAAAACUGCAAUACCUUCUAGCCGCUUGUUUGACAUGGAAGAGGAAGGCAAAGAGGCUCUGUGGCUAUUGUUGAAACCACAAAGACUUCCAAGGCCUUUCAGUUGCAUUGUUAUGGUUGCAGUUUAUUAUCCCCCAGGUCAAGCGGCUAUAAAUGAGAUAACUAUGAUUGAUUACCUUAUUAAUGGAAUCGACUUUAUUCUACAAAGCUAUCCCUCUGCUGGAAUUAUAAUCGCUGGAGACUUUAACAAAAUGAAAUUAGGAACAUUAUGUAAUUGUUUUGAUUUGAGGAAAAUUGUUAAGAAACCAACUCGCCAGAACAAUACUUUAGAUCAGAUAAUGACUAAUAUGUCGCCACUGUUUCAAGAAGUGCAACAUCUUCCUCCCUUAGGUCGAUCGGAUCACCAAUGCCUCCUUUUGAAUCCAAAACAUCGGACGAGUACACGCCCAAUAACUAAAACAUUUCGAUCGAUGAAACGUUCAAACUUAAUAGCUCUCGAGCUAAGACUAAGCAGAACUGUCUGGGAUGCAGUAUACGAAGCAGAAGACGUAGAUGACAAAGUCUCAAUUUUCAAUGGAGUUAUUAGUCAAGCUCUAGACGGAUGUAUGCCUCUGAAAUCCAUACGCCUACAUCCCACGGAUAAACCUUGGAUGACUCCGAACAUUAAAGCAAAGAUUAAGCUUAGACAACGGGCUUUUACUCGUGGCAACAUGUCCCAGUAUAAAGUGUACAAGUAG